GAUACUGUGAGGACAUUAAUGAACUUCCUGUCUGUCUCUCAGAGGAUCUGCUGAUCGAUUUGAACGAGGAGACCGCUGACCGCGAGCGAAGUGUUCUCGGUCCCGCCAGGAAAACCUUCUACAAACCUCGAACUUUUGGAGAAGGAGAGACCGCCUGUGGAGAGCGUCCGCUGUUCGAGAAGAUCAACAAACUCGACUCAAAGGAGUCAGAGCUUCUUGAAUCGUACGCAGCCAAGCGCAUCGUCGGGGGCGACGACGCCGAGGUGGCCUCAGCACCGUGGCAGGUGAUGCUGUAUAAGCGCAGCCCUCAGGAGCUUCUGUGUGGAGCCAGUCUGAUCAGCGAUCAAUGGAUCCUCACGGCCGCUCACUGCAUCCUCUACCCGCCCUGGAACAAGAACUUCACCGCCAGCGACAUCCUGGUUAGACUGGGAAAACACAACCGCGCCCAGUUUGAGCGCGGCGUUGAAAAGAUCGUGGCCAUCGAUGAGAUCAUCGUUCACCCAAAGUACAACUGGAAGGUGAAUCUGAACCGAGACAUCGCUCUGCUUCACCUCCGCAGGCCGGUCGUCUUCACGGAUCAGAUCCAUCCCAUCUGCCUGCCGAGCAAGAAGGUCGCCAAGACACUGAUGACUUCUGGAUUUAAAGGCCGGGUCACGGGUUGGGGGAACCUGAAGGAAACCUGGAACCCGUCAGCGAGGAACUUACCAAAAGUUCUCCAACAGAUCCACCUCCCGAUCGUAGACCCGGACAUCUGCCGCGCCUCCACCAGCGUGAAGACCACGGACAACAUGUUCUGUGCCGGAUUUAAACCCGAUGACGCAGUACGUGGCGACGCCUGCGAGGGAGACAGCGGUGGACCGUUUGUGAUGAAGUACCCGGCAGAUAACCGCUGGUACCAGAUGGGCAUCGUGUCGUGGGGCGAGGGGUGUGAUCGUGACGGGAAGUACGGUUUCUACACACACCUGUUCAGGAUGGGCCGCUGGAUGAGGAAAGCCAUCGAGAGCACGGCCGACGAGUAAACAACACUAGAGCUAAAUGCUAAUAAAGUUUGUCCUUAGAGGAAAUGUGAGGUUGUUUAAAAGCUUUAGAAACAAUAUGACGGUGUGUUUCUGCAGAAAUAAACGUGCAGCAAACCGGG